AUGAUUAAAUCUAAGAAACAAUAUCCUAUUUGGGCUUAUUUUCCCUCUAAUGAUUUAACCAAUUCUCAUAUUUGUUCACAAUGUAAUCGUUCUUAUCAAAAGAAACAUGAUGAGAAAAUACUUGAAACAGUAUUAAAAAAUCAUUUUAUGAAUAAACAUAAAGAAAUUUGGAAAGAAAUUAGAUAUAGUACAAAAAUCGGAAGUGAAAAGGGAAAAACAAGACAAAAAAUUGUUUCUUAUAAUGAAACAGAAGAAAUAUCUUCUCCUUCAACCACCAUUAUUGAGUCAAAUGAUGAAACUUUAGAGCAUCUUCAACUUGAAGAAUUUCAAGAUAACAAUAAAGAAAACCAAAUUUCUACUCAAGAAAAUACUAUUGGUAUUUAUUCUACUGAUAAUUCUAAUAUGAUUAGAAAUAUUAAAAGUAUCGAACUUGAUUAUGGUAGAAAUUCUAGUAUUGAAAUUA